AUGGCUGCCCCUGUGCUUCUGGUGAUCUGCAGUUUGAUUUUUUGGGUAUCGCUUUACCUCUCCUUCUGUCAGUUUAACAACCAACAGCACUACGAGUGGAACUGCCGCCUGGUAACCCUUAUACAUGGAGUUUUCAUUGUUUGCUUCUCUGCAUACGUUGGGUUUAUCGAUGGACCAUGGCCCUUUAGUCAUCCAGGCUCUCCAAACACUGAGCUUCAGACUCAAGUGCUGUGUCUGUCAUUGGGUUAUUUUAUAUUUGAUAUGUGCUGGUGUAUUUAUUUCCAAACAGAGGGUCUGGUGAUGCUCUCUCACCACUGUCUCAGUAUCCUUGGCAUUGUCAUGGUGCUGGCUUUGGGACAUUCAGCUAUCGAAGUCAAUGCUGUCAUCUUUGGCAGUGAACUGACCAAUCCUUUCCUCCAGAUCCGCUGGUUUCUUCGAGAAUCUGGCCAUUACCACUCCUUGCUGGGAGAUGUUGUUGACUUGCUGUUUGUGUUGCUGUUUAGCUGUGUGCGAAUCGGGAUUGGGGGCAGGCUGCUGUAUUGUGAGUUAUCUUCCCCUGUGCCCCUCCCUAUUGUGAAGUUGGCAGGAGUCGCCAUGUAUGCAGUGUCCUGGAUGUUCAUGCUGAGCAUUGCCAAGUUUGCUUGGAGGAAGAUUAAUCACAAAUGCAAGGCAUGGAGAGAGUGGAGCAGGUGUCCUUUUCACUUAUACACCAAUGGACAUGCAAAUAAAGCUUGCUAGCUUAUAGCAACGUGAACCGUGCUGAGGGGCAAUCAAGCACAACCAGA